AGUAAAUAACAAGAGACUGGAUCAGCUAGUAGCUGCUACGCAUAUCAAACUGCAUUCUCGCUGCAUUCUGUUCAUCUUCAGAUAGAUGGCAUAUUAAUGUGCAUUUGUCACUAUUAACACAAGUGGCAAUUAUUGCACAUUGGUGAUGAAUGAAUAUAGAAAGGGAACAGUGAGCACAGUGUUAUAUUCAGGAUCUAGUCUGCCCUAUGAGCCAUGGAGUACUGAUAUUAACAUUGGAUGGGCAUCAGAUAGUAGCUUAAGAUUUUUGGCUGUGGGUGACUGGGGAGGUCUCCCCUCCAAGCCAUACACCACACAUAUAGAGACUUCUGUAGCUCAUGCCAUGGGGAAGACAGCAGCCAAGUACCAAACCAAGUUUACCCUAGCACUGGGUGAUAACUUUUACUUUGAUGGUGUUAAAGAUGUGGAUGAUACCAGAUUCAAGGAUACAUUUGAAAAUGUUUACACUGACAAAGCCUUGCAGACACCAUGGUUCCUUGUGGCAGGCAACCAUGACCAUAGGGGAAAUGUUUCAGCACAGAUUGAGUAUUCCAAUAAGUCAAAGAGAUGGAAUUUCCCAAACUAUUACUAUCCCCUUCAUUUUACUAUCCCUGGUUCUAAUGCCACAGUGAGCAUUUUGAUGCUGGACACUAUUCAGCUCUGUGGAAACACCAUACAUGACAAAUUAGGGGACCAACCCCAGGGGCCAAAAGAUAUAGAGAAGGCCAACACACAGUGGCAGUGGCUUGAAAGCAGCCUUGAAAACAAUAAUGCCAGUUUCAUCAUAGUUGCUGGGCAUUACCCUGUGAUAUCUAUUGCUGAACAUGGUCCAACAUCAUGUCUAGUAGAGACCUUGAUGCCAAUGUUGUACAAGUACAAAGUGACCUCUUUCUUUUCUGGGCAUGAUCAUAAUCUACAGCAUCUACAGGUCAACCAGUCAAAUGUGUCUGUGGAUUAUUUUGUCAUUGGAUCAGGUAACUUUGUGGAUCCCUCCACGGCGCAUGUCAGCAAAGUUCCCAGUGGCUCUCUGAAAUACCACUGGGCUAAUAUAUUGAAACCUGGAGGAUUUGCAUACAUUGAAGCAACCCCUCAAACCAUGACCCUCUCAUUUAUUCAAGGGGAUGGUACAUACUUAUACAGUCACUCCAUGAAACCAAGAAAGUAAACUUACAAGGAAAUCCAUUGCAAAUAUUAUUGUAUUCCAAAUAUUAUUGUAUCCUUUUAUAAAAUCCUUUAAAAAAUUUACUGAUGAGUGCCAAUAUAGAACAGUAUCCUUAAAAUUAUCUCCUUGCUUUUAAGAAGCAAGUUUACAAUCAGUCUAUUGUGAUAUCCUUCCCCUACAUCGAAUGCCACUUGAGAUUAACAGCUAGUUAAUUGUCAGCAAUCCUUAUCCUAACUGGACUUUGUUACAGUUUCUCUUGACAUACAUACUGUAAAAAAUGUUUAUUAACAUAAAUGAAAAUUUUAAGUUCAAAAUAUCAGCACCAAUACAUUAAAUAUGUUUAUU